AUGCUGAAAUUUUACGUUGCGGAUAAGGAUGAUGCGCUGAGCUACCUGGAUCCGAUCUGCAACAAGAAGUGGAUUCUGCUUGCUGCUGUACUUCUACUUGCUGUACUUGCCGCUAUUGCUGUCCCU